GCUAUUAUAGAGGGCAGCACCCUUUUAUCAUUUAAAUAGCUUCACCUGAGAAAGCAGUUGACAAAAUCUUGUCGCCGGAUUUUGAUUAAAAUGAUGGAUAAUGUGGCCAGUUUACUGGGUGGAUAUUGCAAUAUGUGACAGUGUAACCACCAAGAGAAUCCAUAGGAAGGAGAAAAUACAAGGUACCUGCUAGUUGAUUGGUUACUACAGAGGAAGUUACCAAGGCAACCAAUCGAGAUGGGAGUCGAGAGUUUAGUGAAGAGUUAUGGGGAGGACCUCCUGCAGUUCAUAAAGGAGAACCAGGCGGAGAAAUUCAAAAUCCUUUGUGAUAAAUACCUUAAGAAAGAGAAAUGGAUUCAGAAAUUGUGUAUAGCUGAUGUGAAAUACAAACCAACCAAACAAAUUGUGUGUCCAUUGAUAGCUGCAGCAAGGUUAGAUGAUACUACGAUUUUACGGUAUAUGAUCAGUAAAGGUGUUGAUGUGAAUUUUAUCCAUCGGAGCCAAAUAGGGCGUCGUAUGGAGAUGGUCACACCUCUUCAUGUGGCGGUCGAUACAGGAAAUUACGAUGGUGUACAGGGACUUCUUAAAGCAAAUGCAGAUUGUAAUAUUAGAGAUCAUAACCUGGAGACUGCAUUACAUAUUGCAGUUAAAAAAGCUGACAUUGUUAUGGCAAGGAUGAUGUGUUCACAUGGUGCCCAGGUUAACCUAGCAGAGAGGAAUGGUAAUGCUCCAUUACACAUAGCCACCCUGUAUGGUCACACACAGAUGGUCAUACUUCUCCUUAAGUAUGACGCUGAUGUCUAUAUGAAGGGUCAAGCAGGAGCAAUACCUCUACAUAUAGCAGCCAGAGAAGGUCAUAAUCACCUUAUCAAACUUUUUGGUUCAUUAGAAGUCAAUAUUAAUCGUAAAGUGCCAUGUUUUGCGGAUCAGAGAGAAAAAGCGCCACUUCAUGUCGCAGCAGAAAAUGGUCACUAUGAAACAGUGGCUGCUCUGUUGAAUAACUGUCAUGGAGAUAUCACAUCAAUGGACUCUGAUUGGCAAACGGCUCUCCAUAAUGUUGUGAUGCAUCCUUAUGACAACCAUGUUAUGAGGGAGAAGGCUCAUUACACUGAGACAGCACGAAUCUUACUGGAACACCAAGUUGAUGUUGAGAAACAGAAUGCCUUUGGGGAAACUGCUCUGCAUCUUGCGUGUAUGAAUCACUAUCAGCGUAUCGUAGAGUUGUUACUUGAAUAUGGUGCUGACCCGCAUGCUAAAACUAACGAAGGAUAUGGUGUGAUUGAUGUAAUACCAGAAUCAGACACUGUCACCAGACAGAUUGUCAAAGCAGCAAUGGAGCAUCCUCCACGUCCGAGGACCAAAUCAGUCAUUUCAGAAUUUUCUGAUUUUGGUGGUACUAAUUCAGAAGCUUCAUCUACCCUUCCUUUGAAAACAUCCUCCAUGAGAGGUCCUCUAGGAGAUGCCUAUGCUCAGGUUAAUAAACACAGAAAUAAAAAUGGGCGACCCCAACCACAAAAUAUGAGUAUGGAUGAACUGCAACCUAACCUUGACCGUAUCUCAAUGGUUUCAAGUGUAUCCUUCAACUCAGUACUAGAUGAUAUCAAACGAGACCGCCCACAUAUAACUGACCCCUUGGGACCAGGAGGCCCUUCAGGUAUCACAGAGAGACCACAAAUGAAAGGCACCCCUACAAAACCUCUUCCAAAGGUCCCCAAGAAAGAUGAGAAUGAAAGUGGUGCUGUGAAGCGACGUCAUGCAAAGGACUCCCCCGAGGAGGAUGAUGAUGUAACGCCAACUGCAGAGAAGCGGUUCAGUUCAUUCCUUGGUGAGUCUGAACCUACAACACCAACAAGAACGCCGACACAGCUUACAUUUGAGCAGAGUGACCUCCCUACACCAACAGAUCCAAAGCCUCGCCAUAUCUCUUUGGAUCCUGAUACACAGUAUGAAAACACACAGCAACAGCAUCCAAAUCAACAGAAUAGGCAACCUGAAUCAAAUCAAUAUCAAAAUACCACACCUAAAUCUCCUGAUGCUCCAAAAUUCAAGCCUCCCCCACCACCACAUGCCAGGGCCCCUGUAAAACAAGCUGUUCAGUCAAAACCAAAUGAGGAACAAGUCUAUGCCAACUUUUCACCCUCAGAUACUUCAAUGGAAGACCCAAACAACCAACAUUCCACAGACCCCCGUUAUCAACCAAAUGAUGGUAUGCAGUAUGCCAAUCUCCCGAUAGCAACCCCUGAUAAAACAUUGCAUGAUGACGCCAAUUGGAACAAACACAACACAACAGCUGCCUAUACUGUAGAAUCAAAAAGUGAUGACCCUAAAAGAGAUAAGAGUGAGGAGGUGAUAUAUGCCAAUAGUCCUGUAGAAAGACCUAAGACAUUAGAAAAACUAGGUCAAAAUGACGCUAAGCCCCAAUACGCUAAUCUAAAUGGGGCAGAGUAUUCAGAAAGAGCUCCUAUGAGCUCAUUUGGAAAACAAGGAGAGAAACCAAAAUAUGGAAACAUAGAUGAUGUACAGUAUAUUAACAGUACUAAUGCAAAAAGAAGGGAGAAGGAGGGCCCAGAGUAUGCUAAUGUAAGUGAUGCUAUUGCAAGGAGAAAAUUGGAGGAGCCAGAGUAUGGUAACAUAAAUGAUGGUAGAGGUCAACCAGGCCCUCAAUAUGACAAUGUUAGUGAAUCGGCAAAGCCUAGGUCAGAAUAUGCCAAUCUUAAUACACCAACUGGAAGGCAUAGUGAUAAAGUCCAAUAUGCAAAUGUAAAAGACAAUACAGGCACAAAAUCAAGAAAGCCACUGCCUGAUGAGCCAAUAUAUGACAACUUUCCAAGUGGAAGUGGAAUGCCUGUAUCUGAUGAGCCACAACAUGGCCAUCCAAAAUCAAGAAAACCAUUACCUGAGGAGCCAAAGUAUGAUAACACCACAGGAAGGAAACCUUUACCCGAGGAACCACAGGAUGACAACAGGCCAGGAGGGAAACCUUUACCUGAGGAACCGCAGUAUGGUAACACCACAGGAAGAAAACCUUUACCUGAGGAACCAAAGUAUGGCAACACCAGAGGAAGAAAACCUUUACCCGAGGAACCCAAAUAUGGCAAAAGAAGACCUCUACCAGAUGAGCCGAAAUCCAACAAUAGAGGAGCAGAAUCUGAGCAACCAGUUUAUGCCAACACUAGUGAAUUGAACAUCACAGGUUCCUCUGUUGAUGACAUAAGUAUGAUGGAAGAUGAGGAACCAACUGAGUCACCUAGUGCUUUGCCUUUUGCCAACCGCCGUGAUCUAUGGGAGGUUAAGGCUCAGGAUACAGCCUUCAGUGAUAGGAUAGGAUCACUGACUAACCGCACCCCACCUGAAUUUGUGGAUAAAAACAGAAAAGAACGAGAAAAGAAUGAUCCACGCCUUCUUUCUACUGCAUCAAAUGCAUCAUCUGUGUUCCUUGAUGAUACCGCAUCCAGGGAAACACCCCCUCAGCUGCACCCCAGGGCAGCCAAUCAGGAAGCUAGGAUGAAAUUCCUCAUGGGGGACAAGUACCAAGAGCAGUUACACAGCACCCCCUAUCCUGGGAGAGAUCAGCCCCCUGGUAGGGACCACCCUGGGGCAUUCCAGUCGCCUGCUAGCCUUCAAGAAGUGAGUCAGCAGAGUAUGGAUUCAUUCCCAGAAGUCAGUGCUCUUUCAACAUUCACAUUGGAUAGCACAACAAUGGGGGAUACUUCCCAAGAGUCCAUGCAACAGUCAGGACCUCCACUGCCUGAGAAAAGUUACACAGCAAGCCAGCAGAAACCAACAUCAGGUGGACCAUAUGGCCAUAUCACUAACAGUCUGAACCGAACCUUAACCAAGGUACGUAACCUAGAUGACCCACAUGGGCAGGUCCCAGAGAAAGUUGAUGUCACAAUCAACCCUGGCAUCACAGGGAAGAAACCACUCCCUGAACCUACAUUAGAUGAUGAAUCCACACCUUCUCGGCCUCCUAAAACAAUAGGUACCCAACCCACAGGAGACAAGCCUAGGGGUAACAAGGCUCUACCUCCUGUACCCCCUGACGACCAAGAUGAUUUGCCACAAAGGCCACCUAAAUUCCUGCCUACUGAUCCAAGUGACUUACCAACUCCCAGUGAAACCCCUACUUCAGACAUCACAGAUAUAUCAGAAACAUCCGAGUCUGAUGCUACGAGAAUAAUCUCAUUUAAAGCCCCUAAGGAAAAGAACCCUCCUCCGAAAACACUAGAUGUUGAAGAACCAGCCACCCAGAGAGCUUCUCCAUCAAGGGGCUUUAGGCCCAGUGAGCUGACAACCACAAAGAAGGGAUUCAGACCUGUUGCAACUGAUAAGAUCCCUCAGGAGGGUGACUCUCCUGGAAGUCCUCCUAAAAGUCCCCUAUCUAGGCCUAAUGUCCCUCCUCCUGCCCCACCAUCACAAGCUAAAGAUAAACCUAAGGCAGGGAUAUCCAACAAAACUGUGCUUACAACAGAGAAGGACCAUGCUGCUAUUACAAACAUGUGGCUGGCACACCAAACCUUUGACCCUAACUCCAUCAAGGAAGAAGAUGAGUCUGAACUAAAGAGCCCCGGUAUAAAGGAAACUGAACCAAAUAAAGCUAAAGAUGAUAGCCAACAACACCUACAGGAUAGGCUAACUGCCAGAAGAGCAAGCAUUGGUUCAACAUCAUCUGAUGAAGAGCCAGAUGAUACUGGCACCCUGGUCACAGUCAGCAGUGAAGGAAAACUGGUACCCACCAGACUUGCACCUGCACCCCCAGUGACAGACUCUAAACAACCUAAAUCAUUCAAAUCUGCUAAAGAGCAACAAUAUGAAAGAGACAUUGAAGCUAUUAAGAACAAACACAAGCCAAAGGAUGAUCUAGCAGGAGCUGCAGUAGCUGGGGCUGUUGGUGGUAUGUUCCUUUCUCAACACCAACAACCUAAGAUUGAAACAAAUAUAGAUGAUGUCUAUGAACCACCUAAAAAGGAAACUAAUAUUGAUGAUGUAUACGAUGACGAUGAUGUGAUUGAAGAUGCUAAAGACAAACUACGAAAUGCUUCAGAUAAAAAUGGUGAUCUUAGACCAUCUAAAGCAGCCCUUAGUGAAUCAUCAGCGCUUGACUCUGGUACUGAUGAGCGUGUAGGUGAAGGUAGAAUUAAGAAAAAGAAAAAACAUGUAAGCUACUCUGAUCAUGAUGAAUACUUUGAAGUAGAGGAAUUUGAUGAUGAUGAAGACAGACCUUCAGCAUUCAUCUCCAUGCCUGGCGUAAAAAAAGUAGAUUUCUCAAAGUAUGACAAACGUUCCAAGGGAAAGGAGGACAGUUUGGGCAAGAUAGGAGGUUUGUGGAGCCAACAAGUAGAACAAGUAGCUGAGGUCCAAGCAACACAGGCUGACACUGUACAGAAAGUUGAAGUUGUUGAGAUUGUUAAUGUCGAAGAGGCUUCUGAAGAUGAAGAUGAAUUAGCAGCAGCUCAAGGCAAUAAUCAAGUUAAAGACAUAUUACGUGAGAGACCUGAUCUCUCUCACAGGGAUGUAGGGAAACCUAAUAUCGAUGACACCCCAAAUGAAACUACCAACCAAAGUGGAGAAACUAACAAAGCAGGACCUACUGGCCAAAACUACAACGACAAUGAGAAUAUGGUUGCAUCAAAACAGAAUCAGUUUAAACCCAUAGAUGCCAUGCCUGUAACACAUGCACCUGGACAACAAAGAAAGGAGUAUAGACCAGAUGAUGCAGAUUCCAAAGUUGGUAGCCUUUUCACAGCACAGGUCAUUGAAUCUGCUGCCAGAGUUGAAGGUUUGAAGGAAGGGAGGGGCCCAGAUGAAAAGAAAGUUGAUAGUGAUGGAGACACAAUCAGUCCAGAUAGCUCCCUUGAGAAUGAGUCUGGGUCAUAUGAUGUCAACAUGUCAUCUGUGAUACCUAGCGCGAUCUCUGAGGAACAAGAAGAAGACCAACCUAAGAAUAAAGGACAGGCUUUGUUUAAACGUAACAAGGACAAUCAGCAAGGUAAAGAGACUAAUAUUGAUGACAUCCUUGAAGCAAAUUGUGAUGAUGAUGCAACUGUGAAGCCAGGACGAGGAAAACCGGGGAGACUCUCACUAAGGGGUAAGAAGAAAUCAAAAUCGGGAGAUGGUAUGGAUGACUCUACAGUCAGUGAAGACAAAGAACCAAAUGAGAAUGUGAAUACACCCACUUCAAGUAGACAAGGUCAUCAAGGAAGACAGCCUCCCUUAAAACACGAUGACUCCAAUGCCACAGCAGAUCUUUUCAUGGCUCAAGUAGCAGCUGAUGCUGCACAAAAUCAAAUGGUUCUAGCUAAAAAUCAACAGCCACGAGUCUCAACUAAAAUACAAAAAACACCGGAAGUAGUAGAGACAUCCUCGAAUAAAGCUAACACCAGCUUUGAUGAUACAUCAUCAGUUGCUUCUGACACACCCAGCUCAGGGAAAACUAAGAAGAAAGGUGGUGGUCUCAUGGCUAGGUUUAAAAAAGAUAAAGACAAAACUCAUGACAAAGCCAACAAUGAUAGCCUUGAAGAGGAGCCUCAGAAGAUGGAGAGGGAAAAAGGAGGACGAUUCUCAUUUAGGCCAAAGAAGAAGGGAAGUAAACCAACAGGUACAGUACCACACUCUGUUGAGACCCCAAUAGAUGAUGAACCUACACCUAAGGAUACAAAGCUCCAUGAAGCUAAACAACAUCCUCCUAUACAGCCUCAAGUGACUGGUGAGCUCCAAAGACCAAAGCAUGCUCCUGUAACUAGCGACAAUGCUGAUCAGAAAGUAUCUGAUUUAUGGCUGGGUCAGGUUGCUUCUACAGCUGCUGCUGUUAGUGCUGAUUAUAACCAACACAAAGGCAAUCAAAGAGCAAAACCUUUGGAUCAUCCUGGUGCUAAGGGUAGUCCUCAAGGGCAUCCAAGACAACCAUCUAAGGAAACAAACAUUGAUGAUGUCUCUGAUGUUCCAAGACAACCAUCUAAAGAGACUAACAUUGAUGAUGUCUCAGAUGUUGCUCCAAAACGCAAACCUGUUGAGACAAAUAUUGAUGAUGACCUUCCCUCUCCAGAAGAUGAAGAAGGCCCAAUGAGUGCCAGCACCCCCGAAGCUAAGAGGAAAGCAUUCUUUACUGAUCUCGACUUAUUAGAGGACAGCAACAUUCAUAUAUCUAAACCUGAUAAGUCUCUCGAUACUCCACCUGUAGCUGCUUCAUCAAAACCAGUGCAGAGAAUUCAAAAGGAGAAGCCACAAAUCUCACCCAAACCAGUACGCCGUACGCCAUUAUCUCAAAAACAGCCCAAACAGGCAAUUGCUCCAGACAAUGCUGAUGAUAAAAUCCAGAAUUUAUUUUUGUCAACAGUUGCUGCAACAGCUGCAUCUCCGCAACGCCCAUACCAACCAAGAGAAACUCCCCCCAAACAGUCGGCACAAAUAUCUAGACCUGCCGACCUAGAGAAACCAUCACCCCAACAACAGUACCAUACUCCCCAAACUGAUCAGACCAAACCUAAAUCAUUCAGAGCUAAACCCAGAGAAGAGGAUCAACCAGCCGAAGAAGCUGCUCCUAUUUCUAAUAAGCCUCCAACUGGUGUAGCAGUUGCUAGUAAAUCAGAUGAGGCUAAAGCUGGAGACCAGCCCCAGAAAUCAGGAACAAUGUUCUUUAAUGUUGGAAGAAAUUGGAGAGACCUAGCUCAUGAACUUUUCAAAGAUAUCCAAGGUGAAAAGGAGACCCAGAAAAUGAUCAAAGACAUUGAGAAAUCAAAUAAGAAGCUGUCAAACAGGGUGAAUGAAUUGAUGAAUAGAUGGAGGGCUCAGAAGGGAGAAGAUGCAUCAAUUGAACAGCUUCAGAAAGCACUGGAGAGAGUCCAGUUGAAAUAUAUCUUGGAUAAGGUAGCAAAGGGAGCUGAUGGAGAAGCCCCUAAGGAGUCAAAGAAGGGUGGUAAAGAGGACAAAUCAGCUAGUGAGACAAUGUACGAACAUGUAGACAAAAACUGGCAGGAUGUUGCUAGAGAGUUGUUCCGUCAUUUACAAUCUAAGGCUGCAACUGAGAAGAUGAUUGAGAACAUUGAAGAUAGCCGUUCCACCAAAGAAGAGCGAAUUCAUGAUCUCUUGGACCAUUGGCUGGCUGCAAAGCAAGGUCAGGUCACAGUGGAUGAGUUACAAAAUGCUAUAGAUAAGGUAGAGCGGUGCAAGGGCCAAGUUCCUAUUGAUGAACCAGGCACAAGUACUAGCGGUGCCCCAUACCACCCCCAAAAUAAACAUGUUGAGCCACAAGAAGAAAGUACAGUAGCUGCCAUUCCCUUCAGAGCUGAUCCCCAAACAGGACAAGCCUUAUUUAAAUUUGACUCAAAGAGGUACCCCAAGGGUCAUAAGGUGCAUGGUCGCCGAGGAAGCAAUGAUGUUCCAAUGAUGGAACCCCAGACUGAAGAAGAGAAAGCAAUAAGGGAGGCAGAACGUGCUCUUGAGAAAGCUGCAAUGAAGAAAGAGUUUGAGGAAAAGGAAGCUGCUUUCAAGAAAGAACAAGAAAAAUACAGACUGAAAGAAGAACAAGCUAGGAAUAAUAUUUUACAAAAACAACGUGAAAAACAAGAAAAACUUCAGAAAGAGAAGGACUUUAAAGCUAAGAAAGAUGCAGCAAGGAGUGUUAAAGAUAUGGAGCAUGAAAGACAACUACAACAAAAACAAAUGGAAAAGAUUGCCAAGUGGCAGCAAGACCAGGAAGAUAAAGAAGCCAAACAAAAAGAGAAAGAGGAGAAAAAGGUGAAGAAGAAACAAGAAGAAGCAAAGAACCGUGAAGCAGCUGCUGCAAUUACUGGUGUAGCUAUUGCAGCUGGUAGCAUGACACCUGAAUCUUCCAGAUCUGGUGAUAUGCAGACCAUGGAGACACCCCCAGGUCAGGGUCAUGGUCAGAGUUACUCUGAUGAUAAUAUACAGGUCCCCAUGAGGGAAACCUCACUUGGAGGCAGAAGAAAGGAACGAGCUGGACGUACCGGUACUAUGGUUGCUGAUCUCAUAGGAGCUGAUCGUGAUCCCCGUAGUUUAAGUGCAGACGAAAUCAACAGGAGACCAAAAACCCGGUCAAUGGAUGGAGGCACUCGCCAUCCUGGUGUGCUGUAUCCAGGCGAGGAUCCACAGUAUGGUUGGGAAACUCCACCUAUCAGGUCAAAGAACCCCAGAAUGAAACACAAGCGAUCUUCUCCUGGGUCAGUUUAUGGGCCAGCAUCUGAAGGGGACAAUCGUAGCAUGGGGUCUGGGUCUAUAGGCUCUGGCUGGGAGAGGCAUACCAACUACACCAACUCACCAGAGAAACAGCUGUUCUUGUUCUUUAAGGUGAGCCAGAACUGGAAGGACUUGAGCAAGGCCUUGUUUAAAGACAUUAUGGACUCGAAGUCAGUUGCAAAAAUGAAUGAAGAGAUUGAACGCAAAUACCCCGAUACCUUAACUGAACGUGUAAAUGAAGUGAUGCAUCGUUGGUGGCGUAAAAAAGGCCAGAACGCCACAAUUGAAGAACUUCAGGGAGCACUUGAUGAGGUCAACCUUGGCUACAUACGCGAAGAAAUUGAAGAUGUGAUAUCAGAUAGCGAAUCAAGACUAUCACUAGACACAGAUUCUGUGUUCAUGGGACAGGAUAAAGAGCAGCCAUAUGAGGGUAGGGGAAGAAGCGUGUCAGAUGCAAGAUCCAUGAACAGUUGCGGACAGGUGUCCCGGACCUCUAUAGAUGGGCCCUCAUUCCCAGUAAAGAAACAGCAACCUAUGGAGACUACGCUGUAAGAGUUGUGAUGGUAAUCUAUACAAUGACAAGUCCUAAAGUUGGAAUGGUUAGAAUUCCCCUCUACAACAGUGAACCAUUUCUGUUUUGUCCUGUAGUGGAUGCACAAAUUUCGUUUCGUAUAUACAUGUACAAUGAGGAAUACAGUGAUAUCCUAGUAUGCCAUUCAUAAAGUGAACUAGAUACAGGAUUGAUAUCAUAUAGCAGUGCAUAAAUAGAGACAUAUGAUCGAUACAUGAAGGAUAUAUCAUGCAACGUUAUACAGAAUCAAUGGAUUGGAUUUAGCAAAUUGUAUCCAUUGAACACUGUGUUAAACCUUAACACAUUAAACAGAAGGAAUUAACAAAUUAUAAGUUAUUGAAAUUGGAAAUGCACAAAGAUACAUCACAUGAAUUCCAUAGGAUGUUGUUUAUACCUUUAAAUGGUGUAUAGUGUAGACGCUAUAAUCCUAUAAUCUUAAAAUGGUAUAUAGUCAGAUGCUAUAUUUGUUAUUACUUAUAAAUAUGGUGUAUUAAAAAAUAUAAAUAUUUGCUCCUUUAAAAUGGUGUAUAGUUUGAGCUAUAUAACUUAUGGAGAGGCUUUCAUCGUAACAUUCCUAUAUAAUUGUAGCAUUCUUGUAUUAUAGUAACAUUCCUGUAUUAUUGUACCCAAACUGAUAGUCCAGAUAACCAACAAGCAUUGUUUCUAUUAGGAAAUACUACAUUGGUCAUAUUUUCAUGAAAAUCUGAGUGUUGAAUACACAUUUCUUGCUAAUUCUAUGCAUUUCUCUCUUAAUUUUAAAUGAACUGUCUGAUUUUCUUAUAUUUCUAUACAAUUUAGAGUUACAAUUUACAAAUAUGACCACGAUGUUAUAUUUUCUAGUAGGAGGUUAU